CCUCCGUCAACAUGUUUGUUAGGUCAGGCUUAUGCUUUGUAUUUGUGAUUAUAGUCAAAGUAUAUUCGAAAUGUGAAACAACCUUUACGAACCAAUGUGAGAAGGUCAAAGACAUCGAACGUUACGGGAAAAAAAGUUGGGAUAGUUUGAUAAUAUCGCCGGAAAAGUGCAAGAGGACGACUUCGCAUACUCUCGACGAGGUAAUCACGGAAAAUGCGUUUAAGAAAACACCUAACAUUGAAGAGCUGAUGAUCAUGGAGAAGAUCACCGGAAUCGAAGCGGGGGCCUUCAAUGGAAUUAAAAGGUUGGAGCAUCUCAAGUUUUAUAAAAAUCAGCUGACGGUGAUACCACGCCUCGCCUUUGCCAACUUACACAUUCACAAAUUAGACUUGAGCCACAACGCAAUUGAGAAUAUAGUUCAUGACCUUUUUAGACAAUCCACUGUGACUAUCCUCAACUUAUCGCACAAUAAGUUAAAUAACAUCCAAAUAAACAUGGUGAACAUUCCAAGCUUGAAACGCCUAAUUAUCUCCCACAAUAACGUGCAGUCGAUAGUCGAUGGGGCUUUCCACGAAAACCUCGAACAGCUAAACUUGGCAUUCAACGACAUCUCGCAAAUCGAGGAGGGUGUAAUAAAACCAUUGACCAAUUUGAAGGAACUCAACUUGUCCCACAAUCGAUUGAACCGCAUCCAAGUAUCUUUCGGCAUGCCCAGUCUGGAAACCCUCGACCUGUCCCAUAACGUAAUUGACCAAAUCGCCGAAGGUAGCUUUGGUCAAUUCUUCGAACUGAAACGUCUGAUACUAAACCACAAUUACCUAACUUCCCUCCCGCACAAAAUCUUUCCAAACCCCAACCCGAUCGUAACGAUCUUCCUGCACUCUAACGCCCUAAUGUACGUACCAGAAGAAACGACGGAAGCUCUGCAAGACAUCCGAGAAGUCACCUUCUCCGGCAAUCCGUGGUCAUGCACAUGCCUUAAGAGCUUCAACGAAUUUCUUCAAGAACGCAACAUCAGCGAACCCGAUUGCGAUCAAAAGUACUUCGGGAAGGGCAACAGCGCCGUUUGCAUCAUCACCACGAAUACGUGCACGUUCGACGAGAGACUUACCCAGGAAGAUUUCGACAACUUUAGAAAUUCAAGGCAGCAAGACCCAUGCGCAGAGAUUUAAUUCAUCUCGGAAAUUCUGUGUACCUAUUUCGCGCUUUGUACAUAAUGCAAUAAAUUUUUCUUGUGUUUACC